UUGUUACUAUGGAGAUUUAACGGUUUUAACGAUUUAAACGUUACUUUUCUGUUUGAAGAUACGACAGUGUAGAUAAGAUAUAUAGUAUAAGUAGACAGUGUAGGUAGAUAGAUAGCAAGUAAGAUAGUUGACAGUGUUCAAGAAUGGAUGACUUUAUAUUAAUUAAUGAAAUUGAAAAACGAGGACAGCUUUACGACCACAGUGACCCAAAAUAUAAGGACAAACGUCAAAGAGAUGCCGGAUGGAGGGCUGUUUCGGAGGCAGUUGGGAUAACUGUUGUGAAGUGCCACGGUCGCUGGAAGGACCUAAGGGACCAAUUUUCAAAAAAAGUUCAACCACGGAGUGGAUCAGCAGCAGGACCCCAAAAGGAGUGGAAAUACUCCCAAGCCCUUUCUUUCCUUGUUCCCCACCUUCAACCCAGGAGCUCUAGAAGCAGCCUAGACCAGGUUGAUGUUGAAGAUUGGGAGGCAUUGGACCUGAGCCAUGGAGAGGAUGUGCGGGAUGAAAACGACCAACACUCCCAACCAGAUCAACAUUUUCAACCUGGUUCUUCAACCAGCAGGCCCUACAACAGACCUGCCGCGCGCAAGAGGGCCUCAGCACCUGCAGUGUCAUUGGAGGAUAGGCUGCUGGCUAUGGUACAGGAGCCUCCACAACCGAUGUUUCAUCGUGUGCCACAGGAAGAGGAUGAGAUGUUACAUUUUGUCUGGUGCCAUUGCUGAAUAAAUUAAGUGGCUGGGGUAAAUUAAGGGCAAAAAUUGCCCUGUUAGAAGGUCUCCAGGGUGUCCAUGACCUGGACCAAGGGCACCGGCAGGCGCAGAUGCAGGGCCCUGGUCUAAUGAGGCCAUGGGAUCAGACAUCCCAGCCAUCCCACCAGAGCCACCCAUUGUAUGCACCACCCUCGCAUGCACAGGUACAGAUGAGGUACAAACCAAGAAGUGAGGAGACUUGGGGGGAAUGUGGUGAAAGUACCGUGCCCUCACCCAUCCCUCACUUUACAGACUUAUA